AUGGUGAUCCUUGAUUUUACUAAUGAUCGUGCUAAAACUGCAUAUUGUUUUAAAUAUCCAGGUCGACGAUUAUGGACUUCGUAUACGACUGUAAACGACCGUUUACGGUCGUAUUUUAGCGGUUUACAUGGUCCAAUAUUACGGUCAAUUGAAACUUAUGAACAAUCUCGAAAAAAAUUUCGUGAUGGACGUAGUACGUUGGAAUAUGAAAUUGGUGCACGUGCGCGCAAAGAAAAUGAAACACCAGAACCAGAAAGUGAUUAUGACGGUGAUAAUAAAGAAAAACCACAAAAACGACCAAAAGUUACAGAAGCUGCAAAGAACUGA